AUGAGCGACACAAACGCAGACAUCAUUAUAAUCCCCGACGACGAAGAGUGCGAACAACUGACCGCCGAAGACGUGCCCAUCAAACGCGAGUCACAAGUGUUGAUCUCAAAGACACGUCCGAUGGAUAUCCACAUCAAGACUGAGACCAACUCAGGGUUCAAUGUCUUGAGCGGCGAUCGCGCGGUCCAGGAGUUGGCGGCGAAGGCCAUCGCCUCUCAAAACGAUUUGAUUCAUAGGCUUCUAAUGGGAGGCAAUGCGGCGGACGAUCUGAGGGCACGAAACGCCGAACUCGACACCAAAUGCCACGAAUGGCAGAAGAAGUGCCACAAAGAGAGUCAACGAUACGCGACGGCCAGAGCUCAGUGGGAACGGGAGGGACUGGAGUUGAGGCAUACGGUGGCCACGAGUGAGGCGACGAUAGCAUCACUUAAGGAACAGCUGAGAGUCUCGCAGACAAGAGCUAACCAUUUGGCGCAACAGAUCAACCAAAACGACGCCGAAGUGGCGAAUGCGCUGAAGAGGUCGCAGGAACAGGUUCUGGUCUUAAGUCAAGAGAACAAUCUCUUGAACCAAGAGCUCGACAACCAGUUAAAGGCCCGCAAAGAGCUCGAGGCAGAGACCAGGAGUGGCUCCAGAGAAUUGAAACAACUGUCGGAAAGAGGUCUCGAGAAGGAGGUGGUCGGACUCCGGGAGUUGAACGCCUUCCGCGGCAAACGAGUGGACGAGCUCUCGAAAUGCGCCGAAGAGCUGAAAGAAAAGGUGAAACAAUUGGAGCAAAACGUAUACGAGAAGAACCUGAGGAUGACGUCCAUUAAGAGUCAAAUGGUGGCCAAAAUCGACGCACACGAGCGCGAAAUGAUGGCAGCCGUCAAACGCAUGAGACAAUCGGUGGUCAACUCGUCGCUCACCACUCGAUCGCGCGCUAAACGCACCAAAAGAUUGUAA